CCGCCUAUCGUCGUCAUUCACACCACAUGAAAAGUGCGCAGUCUCGCGUUGGGUUUCGCUCUCAUCAUCAUCAACGCAUGCAUCACUCAUCAAGCCAGCUCACAACCUACGUCGUCAUUAACUUCCAUAGUAAAACCAAGGUGGCAGAAGCUGCUCACGUCCAAUCAUAUCCUGUCUGUGCGCAAGCUGCCCAGUUUCCUGGCAAAAAGCAGCUGUAGCUGGAUUUCCUCCACCACUGUAAGUUGCUACGUGGAAUGCUUCUACUUCCUUUGACCGCCUCUCCUUGCCACUGACUUUCACAGGCCUUCUGAUCUUCUUCCCCUUGUGCCUUCUUAUUCUUCAUCUCACCCUCACCGUCUCUGACCUCCUUACCAAUUCCAUACCAGCAAAAAUGGUGAAUCUUCACAGUGUCAAGACCGACCCUCAUCAGGGCAGAGACCUUCCCGCUAGAAGAGCCUCCCUCGUCCCUGGCCUCGAACACAUCUCUCUGGCAGCCCCUGGAGAUGAUGAAUUCUCUACCUCUGUCUAUGGAUCCAGCUUUGCUGCUCAGGACUUGCCUAGCCAUGAAAUGCCGGAGAAAGAGAUGCCAAAAGAGAUCGCAUACCGCAUGAUCAAGGAUGAACUCAGUCUGGACGGAAACCCAAUGCUGAAUCUUGCAAGCUUUGUCACCACCUUUAUGGAAGACGAAGCAGAGAAACUCAUGACCGAAGCCUUUUCCAAGAACUUUAUCGACUACGAAGAAUACCCACAGACUGCCGAGAUCCAGAAUCGGUGUGUCAACAUGAUUGCUCGUCUCUUCAACGCACCGGAUCAGGCAGAUGGAGGCAAUGCUAUUGGUACAUCCACAAUUGGUUCCAGUGAGGCCAUCAUGCUGGCUGUCUUGGCCAUGAAGAAGAAGUGGCAGAAGGCGAGACAAGCAGAAGGCAAAGAUGCUUCAAAGCCCAACAUCAUCAUGAAUAGCGCAGUUCAAGUCUGUUGGGAAAAGGCUGCUCGCUACUUUGAUGUCGAGGAACGAUAUGUCUACUGCACUGAGGAUCGCUAUGUCAUUGACCCCGAGGAAGCAGUCAAAUUGAUUGAUGAGAACACUAUUGGCAUCUGCGCCAUCUUGGGCCUCACAUACACUGGAGAGUAUGAAGAUGUCAAGAAGAUCAAUGACCUUCUAGUGGCGAACAAGAUCGACUGCCCCAUCCACGUUGAUGCUGCGUCUGGUGGAUUCGUGGCUCCCUUUGUCAACCCUAACUUGGUCUGGGAUUUCCGUUUGGAGAAAGUGGUUAGUAUCAAUGUGUCUGGCCACAAGUAUGGUCUGGUAUAUCCUGGUGUUGGUUGGACGGUUUGGAGAUCGCCAGAGUACCUUCCCAAGGAACUCGUCUUCAACAUCAACUACCUCGGUGCUGACCAAGCCUCUUUCACUCUGAACUUCAGCAAGGGCGCCAGCCACGUCAUUGGCCAGUACUACCAGAUGAUCCGUCUGGGCAAGCGUGGAUAUCGCAGUAUCAUGCUCAACCUCACUCGCACAUCUGACUACCUCGCGGCUCAAUUGAGGGCUCUGGGUUUCCUUCUCAUGUCUCCAGGAGGUGGCCGCUCUCUCCCAGUGGUUGCUUUCCGCUUGGACCCCGAUGACGAGCACCAAUUCGAUGAGUUUGCCAUUGCCCACCAGCUCCGUGAACGUGGCUGGGUUGUCCCUGCCUACACCAUGGCUCCACACAGUAACAACCUCAAGAUGAUGCGUGUCGUUGUCCGUGAGGACUUCAGCAAGCAACGAUGCGACAGUCUGGUCAACGACAUCAAACUUGCACUGCAAGUCUUGGGCGAGAUGGAUCGUAAGACCAUGGAAACCUUCCAACAGUAUGUAUGCAGACGGAAGGCCUCGUGUAGUGUACUAACCUCCCAUACCAGACAUAUCAAGAACCAUACCCGUCACGGCAGAGCAGGGACAAACAUCCACACCUACAAGGACGAGAAACACUCUCUUCAAGGCAAACAUGGCAAGAGUCAUCCUGUGUGCUAGACCUUUGGUGAUUGGUGAAUGGUGAAAGGUGAAAGGGAAAACAAAAUCAACAUUCUUUGGAAAGAGCUAUUCACUGAAUUGUGGUGCUGGUUCUCACAAUUGGGGGAUGAAAUUGCAAGAAUAACUGAUAUGCAGAUCACGCGUAGCUAGUUUGUCUGAAUCAAAUCACCUCCUCGAGUUGCUAGCAAAUUAAUUAUGUCCUCGCGGGUAUGUGUUUUUCAGUGAUAGAUGACCAGGCCUGUCGAUUAUGAGUAUACUGUACCAAAUUAUGUACUCCAUGUCCGCGUGUACGAGGUAAUAUUAUGAUGUAGAUGGAG